AAGCAGGGGGCGAGACUAGCGUCAGAGUGGCGAAAGAGCCAUAGGAAAGAGCGCACACAGAACGAGUGGUGUGGUGUCAGCAUAGCAGCGGCUCAGGCAGAGGGAGGAAUCAAGUGGGAUACGCGUUGGGCUGUGUUAUAUCGUUCGGCUUUCUGGAUACUUUCAUUUCCUCUCAGAAGUUGGAAUGGCUGCCAACAACGAUAUGAGACGAGUUGUACGGCAGAGCAAAUUUCGUCACGUCUUUGGCCAGGCGGUGAAAAAUGACCAAUGCUACGAUGAUAUCCGGGUGUCAAGGGUCACAUGGGACAGCUCCUUCUGUGCAGUCAACCCCAAGUUUGUUGCCUUAAUUAUUGAGGCCAGUGGUGGUGGAGCUUUCCUCGUUCUCCCUCUUCACAAGACGGGACGCAUUGACAAAGCCUACCCCACAGUGUGUGGUCACACAGGGCCGGUGUUGGACAUUGACUGGUGCCCUCACAAUGAUCAUGUCAUCGCCAGCGGCUCUGAGGACUGCACAGUGAUGGUGUGGCAGAUUCCUGAGAAUGGCCUUGUUACUUCCAUGUCUGAGCCAUUGGUGAUACUGGAGGGCCACUCCAAGCGUGUUGGCAUCAUCACAUGGCACCCAACAGCACGCAACGUCCUUCUUAGUGCAGGUUGUGACAACCAGAUCUACAUCUGGAACGCGGGCACAGGAGAGGCUGUGAUCCGUCUGGAGGACAUGCACCCUGAUGUCAUUUUCAACGUGACCUGGAACCGCAACGGCAGCCUUAUCUGCACUGCCUGCAAGGACAAGACCAUCCGUGUCAUCGAUCCCCGCAAGGAGGCGAUUGUUGCUGAGAAGGAGAAGGCACAUGAGGGCGCUCGACCUAUGAGGGCCAUUUUCCUGGCUGAUGGCAACGUCCUGACCACAGGCUUCAGUCGCAUGAGUGAGAGACAGCUCGCCCUCUGGAACACGGAUAACAUGGAGGAGCCCAUGACUGUUAAUGAGAUGGACACCAGCAACGGAGUGCUCUUGCCCUUCUAUGACCCAGACACCAGCAUUGUUUACCUCUGUGGGAAGGGUGACAGCAGCAUCCGUUACUUUGAAAUCACGGACGAGGCUCCGUAUGUUCACUUCCUCAGCACCUUCGCCACAAAGGAGCCCCAGAGGGGCAUGGGCUACAUGCCCAAGAGGGGACUUGAUGUCAAUAAGUGCGAAAUUGCGAGGUUCUAUAAACUGCAUGAAAGGAAGUGUGAGCCUAUCGUGAUGACUGUACCAAGAAAGUCGGACCUGUUCCAGGACGACUUGUACCCAGACACAUCUGGACCAGACGCUGCCCUGGAAGCUGAGGAGUGGUUUGAUGGCAAGAAUGGAGACCCCAUCCUCAUCUCCCUCAAGAAUGGCUAUGUCCAGGGCAAGCACCGCGAAUUCAAGGUGGUCAAAAAGAACAUUUUGGACAGCAAGGUGACCAAGAACUCAGAGAACUCGAGCCCUGCCAACAAGUCUGCCUCCUCAACUCCAUUGAUUAAAUCUGAAGCCAAGCUGGAGGAGAUCUUGAAAGAAAUCAAAUCCCUCAAGGACCUGGUCAGCAGUCAGGAGAAGCGAAUCAUCAAACUUGAAGAUCAAAUGUCCAAAAUUGCCAUUUAGGGACCCUAUACCCAACCCGCUACAAUUCAGGACGUUCCAUUGGCUGGGGGGGUGGGCGGGGCCAGUCACUGCCUAUCUCAAUGACAGUGUUUCGUCUGAGGGCCUGCCUAUCAACGACCCCUAGCAACAUUCCAGAUGAACUUUUUUUCUUAGCCAGCCCCCGACCCUCAGUUUAACACAGGUGGAAAAAGGACAUGUGACAAAUUUAGCAGAAAAUACUCUUUGGUUUUUGGUGACAAAGGACUCCAUUCCUUUUAUUGUGUGGCGGUUUUUAUUUUGUCUACUUGUAUAAAACGUUUUUUGCAUUUUCCUUUGCAUUUUUAGAAGUACAGUAUGACCAAGACAAUUCCAAUAUCAAUAGUCCACAUUUGCCUUCAGAUACCCCAAUUUUAGUUUUAAGUAGGUAUCCGUGUUUCAUGUAACUAUAAGCCAAAAUUAUAAUGUUGCCAAAUUGUACCAUUUGUUUACACCUCCUUAACAGUAUUUCUUUCUCUCUCUUUGUGGGAAGAGUCAAAAUGCAAACAGGGACCCUCUGUGCAGUAAACUGGUUGUGUAAGGAGGUCAUUAAUAAUUCACUAUGAAAUUAAAAUCAUUUAAAUAAGUUGGAUGGCUAUGGAGAUAGACAUCUCAAACUGUAAGUAGGAGGAAAUACAAUUUUAGAUUGAAGACCCAUUUAGUUGCCACAGUCUACACCAAGCACUCAGACAUUACAUAUAUGACAAUGUUCGCCAUCUGUGUUGAAUCUGCACAAAUUUACUCUUGCUUUCUGCCAUUUCUUCUCAUUCCUGUCGCUUCCCGUCAUUCUGACUGUGGACAAUAGUCAACAUAAACGUGCAUUCCUUUCCGUCUUGCUUCAUUAACAUGCACUGUGUACUUAUUGGAGAAAAUGACAAACCCAUUCCACAAAUCUCAUUGGCAGUUCUUGGUUUCAGGAAAAACUAUUUCUAAAAAGUUCCUCCUUCUGUGAACACUCUACUGUAGUGACUCGGUUGCACUGGUUGGUUGUUAUAGUGAAAUCUACGUGCUGCCCAUGAAAAGACCAAAUUUGUUGAUUUUCAACCUCAGCUCUGCUUUGUUUUUGUGAGCGGUUCAGGUCACCGACAUCUGUGUUCAGUAGCCACGGGCUUCGCUCAACUUACAAGUGGAGUCAAGUGUAGUGGGAUUAUUUUCAUGUCACUGUUCCUCUGCAUUAGAUGCCAUCUCAGAUCCGUAUCUUUUGUACAAACUAAACCGGAAUUGACAUGAAAUGACACUAAGUAAUCACACAUUGACUUGACUAUUUAAAACCUUCUGGUGAUAAAACUGGAGAUUGCUACAGAAACUGUUCAUGAUAGACCUUAAAGGCCUAGGUUGUGUGUGAAUAUGUGCCAUCAUGUCUUUGGUCUUUUGGGUACCUGUCAAUAUGGAUGUUUUUGCUUUGUUUCUUAUUGGGGGGGUUAUGGGGGAUGUCCAAGACUUGCCUCUAACUUGGAUGAAUUGAAUAGUUGACUUAUUGCUUCACUGUUAAUUUUAGCCUGUUUCUUGUUCCAGCUGUGCUUAUAUCCCUCUUAGUACUUCCACUUUUUUUUUUUUUUUUUUUUUUUCUUUUCUUCCAGAUGCCCCUGUUCAGUACAGUUAUCACAAAAUUAAGGAACCAUUGAAUUGAGUUUUCCAUUGGGAAGCUGAGACGGGUAGUAGUUCAGUCUGUUGUUUGCCUUCAAUAUUUGUUACCACUGUAAAGACCUGAAAGUGCCAUAGAGGUGACCAUGGAAGUGUUUGUUGUGAGAGUAGAUUUGUGUAGUAGAUGGAAGAGUCAAUAGGUGCCCGGAUUUAAAACCACUUUAAGGUGCUAUACUCGGUACAAACGCGAUGUUCAAAGGACCCUGCUCCUAAAGUACUGUGUCAGCCACCUGAAUGACGUCAUGAAGUCCUGUCAAUGCAUCCCACAAUACACCAGGCAGCAUUAGUGGUCAGGGUCUGUUAGUAAGCAAUGUGCCCCUGGCAUUUUGACACUUUCACCUCCGUACGGGUAUUCAAAACAUAUUCAAAAAAAUGAUGUCAAACCGAGAAGCCUUUUUGAGUCAUCGUGGCUUCGAGAUGCAAUUAGAGCAGCGAGUCGUAGAAGAUUAGUGACGGGAAAUCCGGAAGAGUGCUACAGAAAUGUGUGUCCGACACAAAUUAUACUGCUCGAUCUUGUAUAUCGGACUGCCACUCAGAGGAUUCUUUUAUAGCACUGUUGGCAUGAGAGCGAAGUUUUGAGGAGUAGUGAAUAGAGAUCCAAAGGGACACUGUAGGUUGGAGAAAUGUGCAGAUGUAUGUUUGUAAUUUAGGUCUAGAAAACUGAGUGAAAGCUGCGUAAAUAAUGACCAUAUUUUCUGUAUUUUUUUUUAAAAGUUUUAUUUCAUUUUUGUUCUGUGGUUGUGCUGAAGAGGGUAUUUGUGUGGGAGGUGGGUUUUAAAUGUUUCCCUUUGUCUGUGUUCCCUGCACCUUGCUAUAAUGCAUAAUGAGAAAAGCAGAUCGGGGGUCAUGAAUAGAAGAAAGAAAAUCUGACACGAACCAGGAUUAAGCCUCAUGUUGGUCUGCUCAGCAUUUUUGUUCAUUAUUCUUGCUUCAAGUAUCAAACAUUGAUUAUAAGAAAAAUUAAUAAACAAUUUUUAAAAUGGC